AUACCGGCCCUGGUCUGUUGUGCUCCAGCUCGCUGAAGACCAUGGCUGUAUUCAGCGAGAUGUACCAGGCGUCUCUGCUACCGCUUCCACCGAACAAACCGUUGCCAGACGAGACCGGCUUCCACGACUACUUCUCGCCGCCCCCGGUGGGUCAGAGCUACGACGAUCCCAACUACAACAACUACUACUACUACCCUCCCGCACCGCAACCCUUUCCACAACCUCCCCCGCCACCUCCGGUUCUCGCCUUUCCUCCUCCUCCUCCUCCUCCUCCUCCAGAAUUUGACCUCCUUCCCUUCAAUCCUCCUCCCGUGGCUCGCAACCCCAGACUUGAUGCCCCAACCUCCAAGGAAAUGAGCCAGCCCACGGUGAACUUCAUGGUGUACUGCACUAUGUUCUUUCUCACCGCGUUCCUCCUCAGCCUGACAAUCAUGAUCGCCUACGCGAUUGUAGUGAAGCGCUCGGUGGUCCCGGAUCAGUGGACCGAGGAGGGGCCUCUUCGAAUCGUGACGCGUCCGGCAGGGGACGCUGGCCACUUCGCUGGCGACGCGGUCGAGGCGACCACCGCGCCCUCUGGGAGCCAGCCUCCCACGUCUCGGCAGCUGCGCGAGGGCAGCACAGGGGUCGAGCGCACCAAAUGACUUUUGACUGCGUCUCGUCGCUGCGGUCGACAUUCUGCGCUUUCGUCAUCGUUUCUUGCAGCUAGUACUGGUGCUUCAUUGAAAUAAACGAGAAAUUCGGCUGGU